GAGCCGAUUGAUUGUCACAAUCACUAUCACCGGCGUCAUGAUUACUAUGGAGAAUUACUCUCUAGUCCCAUCUUGGAUCUACAGAACAUUCGGAGCCGUCGGAGUCAAUGCCAGCUGGGCAGCAGUAGUAUCUGGAUUAUUAUUUCCCGCAAAACCCGGACCACUACACUACUGCUUGGGCCAGGAUGAGGUCCAGGUCAGGACAAGGCCGCUUUCGGGUUUUGAAUAAUGCUGGGGA